CACAGAUUUGCCUAACAAGCUCUGCCGAGCCAUCUGGCGGGCUCUGGGACCGCUCCUCUCGCCUCUCACCCGCCGAGGCCCCGCCCCUCUCACCCGCCGAGGCCCCGCCCCUCUCACUCCUCCCUGUUCUUGCGCUGCCUCCGCCGCCGCCGCCGUGUGAGUGUCCCAGCGCUCAGCAUGGAGUACGAGUGGAAGCCGGACGAACAGGGCCUCCAGCAGAUACUGCAGCUGCUUAAAGAGUCUCAAUCCCCGGACAAUAACACGCAGCGAGCCGUGCAACAAAAAUUGGAGCAGCUGAACCAGUUUCCAGACUUCAACAACUAUCUCAUUUUUGUUCUCACAAAGCUAAAAUCAGAAGAUGAACCAACACGAUCACUAAGCGGCCUGAUACUGAAAAAUAAUGUGAAGGCACAUUUCCAGAACUUCCCCAAUGGGGUAACUGACUUUAUUAAAAGCGAGUGCCUAAAUAAUAUAGGUGAUGCUUCCCCAUUAAUUCGUGCAACUGUAGGAAUCUUGAUAACAACAAUUGCUUCUAAGGGAGAGUUACAGAACUGGCCUGAACUUUUGCCAAAGUUAUGUGGUCUUUUAGAUUCUGAAGAUUACAACACCUGUGAGGGAGCCUUUGGUGCUCUUCAGAAAAUUUGUGAAGAUUCUGCUGAAAUUUUAGACAGUGAUAUUUUGGAAAGGCCACUAAAUGUAAUGAUUCCGAAGUUUUUGCAGUUUUUCAAGCACAGCAGUCCUAAAAUACGGUCUCAUGCUGUAGCUUGUGUCAAUCAGUUCAUCAUUGGAAGAACACAAGCACUUAUGUUACAUAUUGAUUCCUUUAUAGAGAAUUUGUUUGCUUUGGCAACUGAUGAAGAGCCAGAGGUGCGCAAAAAUGUGUGCCGAGCGCUGGUUAUGCUGCUUGAAGUUAGAAUGGAUCGGUUGCUUCCUCAUAUGCAUAAUAUUGUGGAGUACAUGCUGCUACGGACCCAGGACCAAGAUGAAAAUGUUGCUUUGGAGGCUUGUGAAUUUUGGCUAACUUUAGCUGAACAGCCGAUUUGCAAAGACGUUCUGUGUAGACAUCUUGCAAAGCUGAUACCUGUGUUAGUAAAUGGGAUGAAAUAUUCGGAGAUUGAUAUUAUUUUGUUAAAGGGUGAUGUUGAAGAGGAUGAAGCUAUUCCUGAUAGUGAACAGGAUAUCCGGCCACGUUUUCAUAGAUCGCGGACGGUGGCUCAACCUCAUGAGGAAGAUGGGAUUGAGGAAGAUGAUGAUGAUGACGAUGAACUUGAUGAUGAUGAGAACAUAUCUGAUUGGAAUAUAAGAAAAUGUUCUGCGGCAGCACUUGAUGUACUUGCCAAUGUGUUUCGUGAGGAACUUUUGCCACACAUUUUGCCUCUUUUGAAAGAGCUACUUUUCCAUCCAGAAUGGGUAGUUAAGGAGUCUGGAAUCUUGGUUCUUGGUGCAAUUGCCGAAGGGUGUAUGCAAGGCAUGAUUCCUUAUCUCCCAGAGCUUAUCCCUCACCUCAUACAGUGCCUCUCAGAUAAAAAAGCUCUUGUGCGCUCUAUUACUUGCUGGACCCUUAGUCGCUAUGCACACUGGGUAGUUAGCCAGCCCCCAGACAUGUAUUUAAAGCCAUUAAUGACAGAGCUGCUAAAACGUAUCUUGGACAGCAACAAACGUGUACAAGAAGCUGCUUGUAGUGCCUUUGCAACUCUAGAAGAAGAGGCUUGUACCGAGCUUGUUCCUUACCUUGCCUACAUUCUCGAUACUCUAGUUUUUGCUUUCAGUAAAUACCAGCAUAAAAACUUACUUAUUCUUUAUGAUGCAAUUGGGACAUUAGCAGAUUCUGUUGGCCAUCAUUUAAAUAAGCCAGAGUAUAUUCAGAUGCUUAUGCCUCCUCUGAUUCAAAAAUGGAAUGUAUUGAAGGAUGAGGAUAAGGAUCUCUUUCCUCUACUUGAGUGUCUCUCUUCUGUUGCCACUGCACUUCAGUCUGGGUUUUUGCCAUACUGUGAACCUGUGUAUCAGCGUUGUGUGAACUUGGUACAAAAGACUCUUCAACAAUCUAUGACAGAUCAGCUGCAAUCAGACAGAUGUACAGUGUCUCCUGUUGAAAAUAACCCUCGACCUGAUGUUUGCCCAGAUUCUCAGGCGUUACACAAUGCACAGCCGGAUCAGUAUGAGUCUCCAGAUAAAGAUUUCAUGAUAGUGGCUCUAGAUUUGUUAAGUGGAUUAGCAGAAGGCCUCGGAGGUCACAUUGAGCAGCUGGUAGCUCGGAGCAACAUCCUUACUUUGAUGUACCAAUGCAUGCAGGAUAAAAUGCCAGAGGUACGUCAGAGUUCAUUUGCAUUGCUGGGAGAUCUGACCAAGGCAUGUUUUCAGCAUGUCAAGUCAUGUAUUGCUGAUUUUAUGCCCAUUUUAGGAACCAAUUUAAAUCCAGAGUUAAUAUCUGUUUGUAAUAAUGCAACAUGGGCGAUUGGGGAAAUAUCCAUCCAAAUGGGUAUUGAAAUGCAGCCUUAUAUACCAAUGGUAUUGCACCAGCUUGUAGAAAUAAUUAAUAGACCCAACACACCAAAGACUCUCUUAGAAAAUACAGCAAUAACAAUUGGUCGUCUUGGUUACGUUUGUCCUCAAGAGGUGGCCCCCAUGCUACAGCAGUUUAUAAGACCCUGGUGUACUUCCCUGAGGAACAUUAGAGACAAUGAGGAGAAGGACUCUGCUUUUCGUGGAAUUUGUACAAUGAUCAGUGUUAAUCCUGGUGGUGUUGUCCAGGAUUUUAUAUUUUUCUGUGAUGCUGUCGCAUCAUGGAUUAAUCCAAAGGAAGAUCUAAGAGACAUGUUCUGUAAGAUCCUUCAUGGGUUUAAAAACCAAGUAGGAGAUGAAAACUGGAGGCGUUUCUCAGACCAGUUUCCUCUUCCUCUUAAAGAACGUCUUGCAGCGUACUAUGGAGUUUAACUUAGUUGUGCUCUAGCUGCAGUGUCACCAUUAGGGGUCCUUCAGUCUGGGAGACAACGGGGGAGCCUCUGCACCCAGGGAAAAUGCUACCCUUUUAAGGGGGGAAGGGCAAACCAGUAGGGAACACAGUACAAUCCCAAAGCCUACUGGGAGGGGCGGGAGGGAGGUGUUGCCGUCACUGUAUUAAGUCGAUGUUGGGAAACGUUUAUACGUCUGGAGCCUUUUGUGGGUGGAAAUAUGUCUCCUUUACAAUUCUGCACUGGAUGUGAAGAAGCAAACUAAAGAUAGAAUCGCCAAACAGCACAUUCUGGUAUAUGGGAAUUUGUACUUAAAUGAGUACCAUAUAAAUGAACUUUAGCGGGAUAAGUAAGAGGAAAAUAAUUUUUGCACACGUUAGAGGAAAUAUUAAGAAUGGGUAUUAUAUCAGUAAAUGGCAUUUAUUUUAAAGCAAAGGGUUGCCUAAGUGUCUGUCCCACUGAUUGGGACUCAUUGGUGUUUGCAUGUUAAUGAAGACAUACAUAGAUGAAGUCAGCGUAAUUAGCGCAGCUUGCAGUGCGUGUUUAAGUGCAGGUACUUACAGACUACAGUUCAGGUGCCUGUUAAGUAAAUAAAGAUCUACUGCAUAAAUUGACACCCUACAAAUGCCAAAUUAGUAUUUUAUUUAUUUACUUUUUUUUUUUCAAGGAGGGAGAAAAUAUGAUAAAGAGGAACUCCUUAGUUUUUAAAAGAAUAAAAAAAAAUUUUUUUUUGAAAGAAUAUUUUUUUUUUAAGGAUCACUUAUUUGUGAAGCAUUAAUUUACAGAUCUUUUUGCAGCGAAAGUGAUUAUUUCUAGACCAUGGCCUUUUGCUACCUUUCAGUGUCGAGGCUCCAAUAGCAUUGACCUGUAAUGUCCCUCGGGCCUCCUCAUUUGGAAGCGCUGUGCAGCUCAUGAUAGUGGUUAAAAGUAACUUAAUUUAGAGGGUAAGUAGCAUGCUUGCAUCACAUAGUAAACUAGGCAAACUUUUACCCGUGUGCGUCUGGAUUCCCACCCCCCCAAUUAAUUUAAUGUAGCCCUGUAUUCAAAUGUCUUUUUAAGUUACCUUUUUUUUUUUUUUUUUUUUUUUUUUUUUUUUAAGUGUAAACAACUAGAUCUAAAGUGCUGCCAAGUAUGGUUAGAUCUCGACCUGCUUGAUGUCAGAAAAGAUUUAUCACACUUCUCUCAAAUACGUGACCAGCCCAUACGGCAGCAUUAGGGCAAAACAAAAAUGCAUUUCUAGCCUUUAUCAAGAUACAAAGAUUGAUAUUGUAUUUUGUGUAACACAAUGUGGAAAGCUGGUAUACUUGUGCAAAACCUUUGCCUCCGUGCUGUCAGUGUGGUGUGCUUUCUGCAUGGUUAUAUAGUAGUGAUUUUAUCAGAAGACUUAUGGUAUAAGAUCAGUUAAAAGGAUGCAUAAAUGUUAGUUGGCACAUAAUGAAACUGUAGAAAUCAAGAUAUUUCUUAUAAUGUACUGUUUAUUCCCUCUUUCAAUAUAAUCCAUUAAGUUCCUUUGUUUAAUUAUUUUCAAAGCAUGAUCAUAGAGACCUUUACGUUCAUAGAUGUGAAGCAGGGUAUCUGCACUGUAUUGGCGCAUGUUGGUGGCCCUUUGUACCCUGAGCAGACUCACUGGGGGUGCAAGUAAAAAGCUACAGAAUGAAAGUUGGGUAUUGGAUCCUUUUUUUUUUAAUUUUUUUUAUUUUUCCUCCAUUUAAUUUGUUCAGCUUUUCUGUUGCUUUCUCCACUUGUAUUCCUGUGAAUAAACCCUUGUUAAUUUAACCUUUUACUUUUCUUUCCACGUGUAUUUUUCUUACGUACUGUGAAUGUGAAUAUUAACUGGUACACUUGAUGACGUGUCCAUGUGAAAGUGCAAGUCUUUAUUCAGAUUGCCUCAAAGGUAUCCCAUGAUGAUAAAGUGUAAGAAUAACGUCUCUCUGCAGGUCAGAGCUGAAGUCAGCUUUUCCAGUUUCUUAAUGCUGAUGAUAGAACCGCAAAGAAAGUUAUAAGCCAUACCAUUUUUUUUAAUUCUGUUUCUCAACUUGCAUUUCAAAGAUGAAGACUUUAUACUCGGUUUUGUAUGAUGAAUAAUAUCCCUUAUUUGCAUGGUUUUAGUACAUUUGUGAAUGAGAUGUGUUAGAUCAGUUGCACUAUCUUAAAGAAUUUAAAAAGGGGGGGGGGGAGAGAGAGAAAAAGAUUAAAAGAUUUAAAUAUGAGCAUGAAUUGCAAAUUUGAUCCCUAAAAAUGUUUACUGAUCCACGCUGCAAAAUGACACUACCCUAUAGUAACCCAUAAUGUCACAAUAGCCUAUGAUCUCCAGAUUAGAGCAGGUAUAAUAGAGGAGGCCUGGAGUACUGGCUUAUUAGCAUUAUCAUAUGGAAAUGGUAGGGUGGCUGGAUUUGCCAUCGCACUUACUGAAUGUUACUGAAUGAAAGUUUAAAUGCCAGGUUUGCAUUCCAUGGCUUAGUAAAUGUAAGCAUGAGGAAUGCUGUUGGUUUAAGUAAUGGUUGUGCUCAAGGUAUUAACCAUUUGUUGAAAUGUUGCAUUGGUCUCUCCAAUACCAUUGCUUUGGAGUUUAAGAUGGAAAGUUUGAUUGCUAAUUCCUUGCUUUUUUUCUACUUGGAGAACAAAUACACUAAAGUGCCCCACUGAAUGAGAAAACGUAAAUAGGCGUAAUAGAAGGUGCUCACUCUUCUGUUCGUAAAUAUCCGUGCAAAAAAUAGAAUAGAAUGGUAUCAAAACUAAUCUUUGAUAAAAAACCGGUAAAAACUGUGUUUUUAGUGCCCCUCCACUUUCUACUUUUUUUUGCAGCACUCUUACUUAACUAAGCAUGACAUGUAUGUAUAGUAAUAUUAAUCAACUCCAUUUAUUAGAUUAAGUUUCUUUUGUAUGCCUGUCUCCUAAUGUCAUGCAAAGAAAUGAAUAAUAAAACCAUUCAGACACAAUUGGUCAAAAUCUGUUUAUACAAGGGAUGGUCCCAGUUUUCCCUCAUUGCAAACACAAAUGAUCUCAUAUGUAAAAACCCUUGGCAGUUAUGCAUGGCUGGCACACCCUUAUAACUGCCAAUUGGUUCAAGCCAUGAUCGCUGUAACAUUACUCCUUUUUCUGUAUGGAAACAAAGGCAGGAGACAGGAUUGCCUUUCUGAUGCACCGUCAGUAAUUCUUGCAUCAUGGGAUAUAUCAAGCAUCUUACUAUUGUGGUCUAGUCUUGACAGUUGUUGAAUGUCAAUGGAAUGUUAUAGAAUUGUGGGUCUUGUCUUGUUACAUUCCAGUGUUUUCUGCCUCUUGGCAUGCUAAAAGCACGGCUUAUAAAGUCUGUCUCUCACACUGAAUAAAGUGCUGUUAGUGUGCUCAACUACAGAAAUAGCCGCUGCUAUGUGGUGUAGAUUUUCUACUUGAAUAUUUUUAUGUUGUAGGAACCUCAGGAGGUCUGUGUUUACUGUUUUUAUAUCUACCUUCUCUUUCCGGAUUAAGCUUCCCUCUUUUUGAAGGACUUAAAUGAUAGGAAAAAUGCCACUCAGCCUAAGUUGACAACUGAAAGAGUUUGCUGUUAGCCCAUUCUCCAUUGUCACAGCCAUUCAAGUCAUUUGUUGUAUUCCAGAGUUUCUGUUAUAUCAAGCACUGCAGUGUCUUAACAGUGCUGGCAUUAUAGUUUGUUAAAAUGCUUAAUAUCGGCUUAAAGCAUUUCAGUUUAAUUUUUUGGAAAUGUAGGCUAUGUACAUGAAAGCCUCAGGAAGGAUUAGUAUAGACAUGCUAUAUUCAUAAGGCUGCUGGAUGAACCUAAAGCUACAGGAGACACAGCAAGAAACAUGCUUCCAAAAUUUCCCAUGGCUGCUCCAUAUAUUAUUUGAAUGCUUGACCUGUACCCCACGGCCCUACCCAACACUCUUCUCACCAGGCUUGUAUAGAGAGUACUGUAUAAACUCCUUCUGUAGCCCCAAGGUACACUUAUUCUGUGCCUCAUACAGUAUAAGGGACAACCAAGCCUAACAUUCAGACCUGUGAGGUGAUAUGAUUUAGGGCAGCUUUGCCCUUGAUCCUGCCUCUCUAUGUACAGUGCCUUGCAAAACUAUUUAGACUCUUGACCAAGUCUAUCAUGUUAUUAAAUACACUUUUUUCCCCACAAACUCAAAAUUAGCUUGGGUUGCAUUAUUUUUUUACUAGAGAUAGCUAAUGAUUUUUUUUUUUAAAUAAAAAAAGGUGCUAUUUUCAUAUGUAUACAGUCCCCACUAUUAGUAUUUUGUAUUUAUUGGGGAUGGAGGUAUAGAUGUAGUGUAUAGAAUAGCUAGGUGUGUUCUCCAGGUUGGUACUUCAGUUAGAUAAAAGCUGCACCAGCCCCCCCCCCCCCAAAAAAAAGAGCGCUGUUCAGACAUAACUUUAAAAUUUAGCUUUUCCCCCAGAAGAACCCACCUAAUGAAUCUGAACACUGGUGGUGCCUUAUAUUUUGGAAGCCUCCACCCAGUGAAUAGGAGUUUCCUAAAAGGCCCUUAAGUGCUGCAAAAUGUAGCCUACAAAAUACUAAAUAGCAAGAACUGUAUACUGGGAAAAAAGCGUAUUUUCAGUGAUUUAUUUCAUUGAAGGUUACCUAACAUUUUGGCACCCCAUUGAAAUAGGGAGUUCACAGUUCCCAGCAACCAAAAAACUAGUGUUCUGUGAGGCUAAACUCUCAUUUUGACUGAGAGCCAUAAAGGACCUGAGCUGGCUUGCAGUUGGAGCAGCCGGGUCACAUCAUACUAAGUUACAUUAAAUUAAACUAUUUUUUGCGAGGUCCACUGCCUGCUGAUAUGGUCAGUUUGUUGGCAGACUGAGACAGCUUCUCUUGCAGUAUAUCCCUGUGUUUUUCUUCUCUUUAAGAAGAUGCUCGGUCCCUUCUAAUUAGAGUAGUCCCACCGCAUUCUUAAUAAAAUAGUUGAAUUUAAGGUGGGCUACCCCCUUAAAAACCCUACUAAGUCUGUGUUCAAAGAUUCUGACAACAAAAUUAUAUCUAAAACAAUUGAUAGUUAUUGUAUGUGUUUAUUGUUUUGUUUCGUAGGCAUUUAACAGUUUCCAUGUUGCUAUGGGUUUAUUGCCAAAGCAACAGGGUAGAAAUUUUUUUGCAUUUAAAAACUAAGGGUUUUUGGCUUCUGGGUCAGUGCCCCCCACCCCCCUUCCCCCAACAAAAACCAUAUAGAAUUUUAAGGCACAGGUUGGAAAGAGCCAUAAUAUGAAGGGUAAAUAAAAAAAGCAUCCCAAACAGUAAGAUGUAAAUAGUCGAUCUAUAACUAGCUAAAGGUUUAUAUAAAGGUGACCUCCUUUUUAAAAAAAACUAACAUUUAUUUACAUAUAUAUUCCACAAUGAAACGGUACAGCUAUACCUCAAGCUGGGUUCAGUUCAGUAUAACCCAUUGUGACAGGUUGUGGAAGCCUGUCCUUUCUAGAUGUGAACAUAGUAACCCGUUAGGAAUGUUUUCUGCUCUUUUUGAUUGGUGUAGAUGGUUUGCUUGGUAAGUAAAUACAGAACGUUGCAAUCUGGUAAAGCCUGGGGUACAACAAAUCUUUUCUUACAGAAAAGCCAAAUCUCAUUUAGGUUGGUAGAUGCUAAAAUAUAGUUAACAGCCAAAACAUGCUGAUAAACAAACAAAAAAAAAUGGGCAUUUAUGGACUUAUGUCAAGAUUAGAACUUUGGUAUAACAUUUGGAAAAAUCUCUUGGGAAGCCUGUAAAGGAAUUUCCCACCAAUAUAGGAGGUAUUUUAUGGCACAAUGUAGGGUAAUUCCCUAGAGACAGUUCAGUGAAUCAAUACUGUACCUGAACAGCCAGUAAUAUCUGAUGAUCAGUUUAGCCUGCUGCCUUCAGCAAGUAACACUGUGGCCUCCAUUGCUGCAGAUAUGUCCUAAAUCAUUGCUCAGGCUUGGGUAGAGCUGUUCGGCUGCACUGUUUAAAGGAUAAGAAGGGACACUAUAUAUGCAUGUUUACCUGUGAACCUUCUCUACAACAUUUAUUCAUAGGCAUUGAUUUGCUGAAGGCUCUUCUUGUAAACCUUGGGAUUUGAGUGGACUUUAGACUAAUAAAAAGCAGAAUUGGAAUAGAUUAUCUGAAAGGAAAAAUGAUGAGACUUUAAGCAUUUACCAAACGUUCAUUGCCCAGCGACUACUGCCAGUACUUAUCGGCAUCUCUGCAUGUGUAAGAAGCCGGAGCAGUUUCAAAAAUCAGAUGAAUGCAGCGAUAUCCCCCUCCCCCUCAGUUAGUGAGUGCACAUAAAGGUGCUGGCCAGUCAUAACUUGGGGGGCUUCUUAGCACUAAAUUUGGAAUAAAUAGCCAUGGUUACUGUCCAGUAUCUAGCACUGUGAAUAUAAACGGUUAAAGUAGCCAUCUGAGAUUUACAAUCAGCACAUUAAGCAAUAUGGACAUUUACACACUGGGGAAAUGUUAUAGGCUCCUGUUAGUAGGGGCAUUCAGCAAAAUGUAUGUAAGGGCUAACAUAGCAUUCCCAUUACUCGAUCUUUCUGCUGGCAACUUGGGUUGUGUGCAUUUUUUCUAAUAAAAAAAGCUUUAUAUCUGAUUGUUUCUUUACCUUUUGCAAAGAAAAAUGUUACCCUUUAGACCUGCUCGUGCAAUUCAGUUCGGUUGGAUGAUCUUUUGGAAAUCUUUGCUUCUGCUUAUUGAACUUCACUUAAAUAAAAUAUGGUUUUAGUUUUUGAUAAGCUGCUGAAUUUUAAACAUUUUUGGGGCCACCAAAUAUUUUGGAUCAUGCAGAGAAUAUAUAUUGUACUGUUGUAAUUUUGUAUUUACAUUUGUAUGAUGUGAUACUAGAUGUGAAUGUUAAUCACUGCUUGGCUGUGUUAAUAAAGUUGUUUAAAUAUA